AUGCCAAGCAAGUACGCCCGCAGUCAGCCGCAGCCAAAGACACACAUAGGAAGCUACAGCACACCGUCACCACCCCCAUCAGCCUACUUGGAUCGCUGCCUCAUCUUUCGGCGCUUCCUCUUCAGCCUCCUCAUGCGCUUCUUCUUCCACUUGGCCCUCAUGGUCGGUCGCCUCCUCGCGAGAUCUCCUUCUCGCCCCUGCUGCUUCUCCUCCUCCUGCGGCGGCGGCGGCGGUCUUGUGGUGGGGAGUGGGGGGAGUGGGAGAAAGGGAGGCGCACUGGGGGGUUACAAGAAGCGAAACCCUAGGAAGGUAGCUUCGAGAAUAUGGGCCUGGGCUUGUUAG